ACGCGGUUUACCGGGUGAUUGAGUGAAAUUGCACCAUUGUGUUGCACGUUAAUGGAUUAAGUCGACUAAACAAUUAUUUCUUCGAGAAUAAUGAUUUUAUGUUACUUAGGCGUGCUACGACCAGAGGAUUUGAGACAGUGAAAUUGACGUAUCUGUCGAGUGAAUUAUCACAUCCACAAAGUGAAGCGAAAAUAAGAUACAUUCAAGAUGACGGUCAUGGGCGCGUAUUCGGCGGCGCGAAUAGCUCUGUCAUACGGUCCGGAGCUGAGUUUCCUGGUGUUCCUCAGGUUUCUGAUAGUGCUGAUGCGACAGGACAUAAUCGACCGGGACAACCGCGUGCAGAUCAUAUCGACGAGAAAGAUGUACGAGAGCUACGAUUUCAUCGUGAUUGGUGGGGGCUCGGCAGGCUGCGUCGUGGCCAACAGACUGUCGGAGAACCAGAAUUGGACCGUUUUGCUGCUUGAGGCGGGAGGUGACGAGACGGUCCUGUCCGAUGUGCCAUUGGUCUUCCCGACCCUCCAGCUGACCGCGAUGGACUGGCAGUUCAAAACGGAGUCCUCGACGAAGUACUGCCAGGGGAUGAUAAACAAUCAGUGUAACUGGCCUAGAGGUAAGGUGCUCGGUGGUAGCAGCGUGCUCAACGCUAUGCUGUACGUCCGGGGAAAUCGACGAGACUACGACCAGUGGAGGGACAUGGGGAACACGGGGUGGAGUUAUGACGAGGUUCUGCCUUACUUCAAGAAAUCCGAGAACGUGAUGAUCCCUGGACUCGCCAAGUCACCGUUCCACGGCACUGGCGGGUAUUUGACCAUCGAACGGUUUCGGAACAACACGCCGAUCGCUAAGCAAUUCCUCGCCGCUGGUCGUGAUAUCGGCUACGAGGAAAUCGACAUCAACGGCGCGACGCAAACCGGCUUCUCCUACUCUCAUGGAACCCUGAGAGAUGGGUUGCGAUGCAGCACGGCGAAGGCCUUUCUCCGUUCCGCAUCGCGGCGGAAAAAUCUCCACGUCAGCGCUCAUUCCACGGUGGAAAAAAUCCUCAUUCACGAGACCACGAAGACCGCUUAUGGUGUCAAGUUUCGAAGAGGCAGUCGAAACUACAUCGUUUACGCCAGGAACGAGAUCAUACUUUCUGCCGGAUCCGUGCAGUCACCGCACGUGCUCAUGCUCUCGGGAAUCGGACCCAAGGAGCACCUCGAGGAGGUCGGGGUUCCAGUCAUUUAUGACAGCCCUGGCGUUGGCAAGAAUCUUCAGGACCACGUAGCCAUCGGUGGACUUACUUACUUGAUCGAUUCACCUUCUGACUGCCCAGAGAAAACCGGAAUCUGCUUUGUAUUGCCCAGGUUUCUUACCCUCUCGACGAUCAAGCAAUUCUUGGCUGAGGAGAGAGGAGCUCUUUACAAUGUUCCAGAAUGCGAAGCCAUGGGCUUCGUAAACACGAUCUAUGCCAAUGAGACGAUGGAUUAUCCCGAUGUUCAGCUUUUCCUCGCUUCGGUGGCAGACAAUUCGGACGGUGGGCUGUUUGGAAAACGUGUAUGUGGACUCAAGGACGAUUUUUUCGCGAAUAUGUUCGAGGGCAUCCUUUAUGAAGAUACCUACACCGUCGUACCGUUGUUAUUGCGCCCGAAGAGCAGAGGUUACAUCAAGUUGAAGGACGCAAAUCCAAGGCAUCAUCCGAUCAUAGUUCCGAACUAUUUCAGCGAUCCGCAUGAUUUGGAUAUCCUGGUCGAAGGGGCGAGAAUUAUCUACAACCUUAGUCAAACUCCGACUAUGAAGAGAUUUGGCGCUCGUCCAAAUUCAAAUAAAAUACCGGAAUGUGCGCACUUUGCAUUUCCUUCCGAUGAUUACUGGCGCUGCCAUGCACAGCAUUACACGAUGACGAUUUAUCAUCCUACCAGCACUUGUAAAAUGGGCCCAACCGAUGACCGCAUGGCUGUAGUGGAUCCGCGGCUCAGGGUUUAUGGUGUACACGCACUGAGGAUAGUAGACGCUUCUGUGAUGCCAAAUAUCGUGACGGGCAAUACCAACGCGCCGACGAUCAUGAUAGCCGAGAAAGCGGCUGAUCUGAUAAAGGAGGACUGGGAAGAUAUCUGCGAUAAACCAUUAACGAAGCAUUCAGUGGACGAUAAGAAGCAACUGAGGAUUCUGGGCGUGCACGCGUUGAGAACUAGACAAGUCGAGCAGGGUCAGCAGAAGGAGCAGAUGAUGAUGGCCUUUAGAGAUAAUCAAAUCGACAGGUUUAGCAGCAGUGUUGGCCGUGGGAACUUGCGAAUUGAUCUAGAAGACGACUCCGACUAUCUGGACGACGAUCGCGAAAAGGAGGAAUGGGAGAAGGAGGUGGAGAUGGUGCACAAUCAGUUGGAAGCUGUUAAGCUAAAACGCCAUAUUAUCGACGACCAGUCUGAGGAGCAGAGUGGUUUUGAGAUCGAAAUUAUACCUGACAAAGAUGAAGGCGAUUCCAAUAUUCAUAAAAAUUGGCAAAAUUUCACAAAAAUAUUUCUCACGACAAAAUACGUGACUAAUAAUGAUGCAACUAACUGUGCCGAAAUCCGUAUUGACAAAACAUAAAUAAAGUUUAAUAUUCAAACAAAGUACAUAUAACGAAAUCUUCACGUAACUCGAUGAAGCAUUUUUUUACUUUUGGUAAACGCCACGUGACUCCGUUAUUGCGUAAGACGCAACAAAUUCCGACAUAUUUAAGUUCUGUAAAUAUUUACUCUUAUAUAACGUAUUAUGUAAAUUUAUUUAUAAUAUAAAAUUAUACAUGUUUGCCCGU